AUGGACUCGCCCACGCCCACGCCCACGCCCUACAAGCCCUCGCCGCUGUCCUUCAACAACGCCCGCCAAUCGCCCUUCCGCCGCCCGGGCUCCAUCAGAGAGGCCUCGCCUUCCACCCUCCGGCCCUCGACCCCAAGCAGCUCUCCGCUCAAGCCCAAGGACACGACCACUGCCCCUGCUGCUGCUACCGGUCCCGCAUCGCAGAACCCUCCGCCCUGGCUGCACACGCGCACACGAUCAGGCACGCCCGAACCGCCUGCUUCGCCCGGCCGCCAUCCUUCACCCGGCCGCCUGGCAGCCCGGCCACCGACCAUCCGGCGCAUGGCUUCGAGUGACGCCCUUGCCAAGCUGCCCCCGCCCCUCCUACACAGCAUGCGAGAGUCCUUCAGCGUCAUGGACCGCGACGACGAUGGCCAUGUAAAUGCUGCAGAUGUGGCUGAUAUGCUGUCCCAGCUCGGGCUCUCCGCCACGCCGUCCCAGCUCUCGACAUACUUCAACGGCGCACAAUCCAUCAACCUGGCCAACUACCUCACAACCCUAUCCGAUCUGCUGGCCAACCUCUCGCACCAGAGCGAGCUGAGCGCAGCCUUUGAGGCAUUUGACGACAACGACGAUGGCCAGAUUGACUUGGCAGAGCUGAAAGAUGCCCUGCUGCACACGGCGCCGCAGCCAGGAGAAACGCUGCUUACCGAACGGGAGAUCAACAUGGUAGUCGAGGGCUUCAGUGGGCGCAGAGCCUUUGGAAAGGGGGGCAAAGGUCUGGGCAGAGGCGAGGUGUUUCGAUAUCACGAUUUCCUAGCAAAUCUGACUGGCGGAGGCAAUGGCGCAGACAAUACCCAAGGCGCCGCGGCGUCAGCCUAGUGUG